GCCAUUGGCUCCUGUUGUGCUCCACCCUGGUCAGAUAACACGUGUGAGAGCAGGUGGCAAGAUUCACUUAAAAACUAGUUAAACUUCAAGGGAGUCAAUGAAGCGAAGUCUCCUGAGAGUAUGGAGUUAUCGACGGAUUCAGAGAAACAACAGCUGAUUGAGACUCAUUUGGAGCCUCUUGACUGGAUGAGUGCUCCAGAUGACAAAUAUUCCGACUCUGCAUCAGAGUUCAGUGACGAUGCCUCCAGCGUGGACGGUCUGUGGCAGCACGACUGGCGGCUCUGCCGGGAGACGGACUCGAUGUCGGGGGCUGAGAGCGACGCCAGACGUUCGGCCAGACGGAAGCUUUACGUCGCCUGCGCCGUCAGCCUCAUCUUCAUGACCGGAGAGGUGAUUGGUGGAUAUGCAGCUCGCAGUCUGGCCAUCAUGACGGAUGCAGCACAUCUGCUGACCGACUUUGGCAGCAUCAUGAUCAGCAUCUUCUCUCUGUGGAUCUCAUCCAGGCCGCAGACGCACAGCAUGACGUUCGGGUGGCAUCGAGCAGAGAUUCUGGGCAUGUUGCUGUCAGUUGUGUCUAUCUGGGCUGUGACGGCAGUGUUGGUCCUCUCAGCCAUACAGAGGAUCAGUGACGGAGACUACGACAUCGACAGUCACAUCAUGCUCAUAACUUCAGGCUGCGCUGUGGGAGUCAACGUCCUGAUGGUCCUGAUCCUCCAUCAGUCUGGAGCCUCACACGGCCACAGUCACGGCUUUCCCUCUGGCCGGCUGCAGAGGGACGAGCAGGGACAGGAGCACGGACACCAUCACGGCAACGCCAGUGUGAGGGCGGCGUUCAUUCACGUGGUGGGAGACCUGGUGCAAAGUGUCGGAGUCCUGCUGGCUGCCACCAUCAUCCACUUCUGGGUCAGUGUCAGCCAAAACACUCAGCUAAGAAGUCACUCUACCAAACCGGAAUAUAAAGUAGCAGAUCCGAUUUGCACGUUCCUGUUCUCCGUGCUCGUUGUUGGAACGACACUUCCCAUCACAAAGGAUGUCUUCAGAAUACUGAUGGAAGGCACUCCUCAGGACGUCAACAUGAGCGCUGUGAGAGAGCUGCUGCUGUCUGUGAGAGGAGUCACUGCUGUCCACAGCCUGCACAUGUGGAGCCUCAACAUGACUCACUCUUUACUCUCAGUGCACGUGGCCGCAGAAGAAGAAGCUGACACACAGAUCGUCCUCAUGAAGGCCACGAAGCUCCUGCGCUCCGAGUUCAGUUUCUCCUCCAUCACGAUCCAAGUGGAGCGUUGAAAAAGAGCGUGAUGACAGGCUGCCUCAAAGCCAGCUGCUCUAAAUAUUUAGUCACGCUGUUACAAUGGUCAUGUUUAUUAAUUUAUUUGGUUUUCUUAUUUAUAAAGCAGCAGCUACGUGUCAGUCGAAGGCCCAGACUCCCUUAGAAAACAUUGCAAUUUUAAGAGUUGUUGAGUGAGGAGAAACUUGUUGAAACCGCCAUCGAAAAUGCAAAAUCUUUUGUCCCUUUUUGUAAAUUCAGCAUUAAAUACGACCCAUUAAGUUGCGUCU